AACAAACAAACAAACAAAAAUAAAUAAAUAAUAAAUGAAUAAAUUCAAAAUUAGAGAUUGGCCAUGCAUCCUCUGAUUCUAAAAUUGGAGUACGUUUUCCACCUUAGUGAGGGAGAAAAUCAGAACAUGAUUGCCAUCGUGGAACUUCAUUACCAGUGUCCCCACACAUUUCCUGUGUGGGGUAGCAGUAACCCUCUCCUUCUGGGCUCCUGGGAGAUCAGGGAGGAUCACCCUGUGUUUGGAGAACAGCAGAAGACUGGAGGCCGGAAAUAGACAGCUCUCCAAGCCUUAAGGAACCAGCCCCGAGGGUUAAGCAACUACUUAGGGUCCCUGAGGCAUAGAAGGAUUGAGCACCUGCUGCUGUGUGCCAACAGCCUCAGGCUUAGCUGUUGGAACUGUAUCACCUGCAGCCUGAACAGCCAGGGAACACUGGCAGCCAAAAGGCUGAAGGAGACUGAGAAAUCUGGGCCCUGGGAUCCUCCUCCAUCUGCUGGCGGCCUUUGGGAGCACAGCGCUCCCACGGUGCCGGUCUACAGGGAACACCCUCUGCAUUUUUCUUUCCUGACUCUGUGGCUCUGCUCUCACCCCUGAUUACCUGUGUGCCCACAGAUAGAAACAAUCCUCUUGCCUCCCCACUCUUGGUGACUGGCUUUCCUGAGGCAUAAUCACAGGACUUCUGGGCCGGGACCCCCUGUGGGGUGCAGGCUGGGGUGCCUUGAUGGUAUGUGUCCCAACAGGUUUUUCUCUAUCAACCUUGAAAUCAGCCUGGAGCCUGCCUGACCUACAUUCCCCUUAACCCCCCUCCCCUUUACCCCCAGGGAGUUGGAGUCAGUGGUAGAGCCAGGUCAGAAGCAAGAUGGGAGGCUGGGUUUCUGUGGUCCCAACCUGGCCCCGCAGCGAAAGUCCCCACAAAGCCUCCUGUGUCCUCGGCUGAGUUGAGAGGCUGAGCAGAGUUCACUUGCGUGGGUUAAGGGCCAGUUCCUGGGAGGAGAGGUGCUAGGCAGGGAGGUGUUUGCUUGUAGACCCUGUACAGCCUGGUCCUCUCCCACGUCUGGGAGGGGCUGGAGUCAGAGACAACAGCUGGGCUGGUCUGCAGAAGAGGCCAUCUGACUGGCUGCUCAGCCUGGGCUCCUCACUCCUCUCCACCACCGGGCUACACAGGAGCUGGUGCCCACACAGGCAAGCCACCCACCGGGCCCCAACACCCACGUCACCUCUAGCACCUUUGGGGUAAGUCCCGGAGCUGAGCCCUUAUUUGGGGGAAGGAGAACUUACUGAUUGAGGGAAGAGUGAUGGGCUCCUUUCCCUGCAUGAGAGAGUCUCAUCUAUGCCCAGGUACUCAUGUUCCUACAAGGACGCCUCCAUCAGCCCAGAACACAUUUGCUGACCUAAAGACCCAACCUGAGACUCUUGGGGGGGCGGGGGAGGACUGGCAGGUAGGAAGCAGCUCUUCAGGAAGGGGAGGAGGUGAGACAGCAGGAGCCGGCUCCCACCUGUCCAUCAUUAUGCCACCUGACCUCGGCUGCCUGAGAAGCCAGGGAAGGGAGGGACCUGAGCCUCAGAAGGGAGCAUCAUCUCAGACUGAGGGUUCAGGGGCCUUGGGAAACCGUUGGUAAGUGCCUCCCCAGCCGUCCAGGCUUAGGAAAGGAAGGAGAAAGCAGGGAAGGGAGGCUCUUCCUAUUGCCCUCUCCUCUGUCCUCACGCCUGCAGAGCAGUUCCAUAUGCUAUUAUUCAUUCACUUGUUUUCUGCAGCAAAGGAAAGAAAGCAAUGGGUUGAGAGAGUCCAGGCCACAUUAGAGGCCAUCAGCAGGCCCAAGUGGGACAUUCCCUCAGCUAACUCCUGUCUCCUCCCGCAGGGAAGCCAGUUGAACUAUGUCUGUGAUCAGUGGAAGGAUGGACGCAUCCCUGACCCAGGAGAUCCUCAGCUCCCUGGGCCUUGCCAACAAGACUGCAGCUUGGGGGACCCUGGGCACCCUCAGGACUUUCUUGAGCUUUGGUGUGGACAAGGAUGUCCAGAAGCUGCUGAAGGCCAUUGCAGGCCAAGGUGUGGACCACAGCACCAUUGUGGAGGUACUGACCAAUCGGAGCAGAGAGCAGAGACAGCUCAUUUCUCGAGCCUUCCAAGAGCGCACCAAACAGGAUCUAUUGAAGUCUUUGCGGGCAGCACUCUCUGGCAACCUUGAGAAACUUGUGGCGGCUCUCCUACAGCCUCUGUCCCAAUUUGAUGCCCAGGAACUGAGGACCGCCCUGAAGGCCUCAGGUUCUGCUGAGGAUGUGGCCUUGGAAAUCCUGGCCACCCGAGCAGCACCCCAACUGCAGGAAUGCCUGGCAGUAUACAAGCACGAUUUCCAGGUGGAGGCUGAGGAAGAUAUCAGAACUGAGACCAAUGGCAUCCUGCAGGACCUGCUCCUGGCCCUGAGCAAGGGGGGCCGUGAGAGAUACUCUGGAAUCAUUGACUACAACUUGGAAGAACAAGAUGUCCGGGUACUCCAGCAGACCGGAGGAUCCAGUAUGGCAGGUCAGUGGGUCCUGAUCUUUACACAACGGAGUCCGGAACACCUGAUCCGAGUAUUUGAUCAGUAUCAGAGAUGCACUGGGCAGGAAUUAGAGGAUGCAAUCCGGAACCGUUUCCAUGGAGAUGCUCAGCAGGCUCUGCUCAGCCUAGCUUCCAUAAUGAGAAACACAGCCCUGUACUUUGCUGACAAACUUCACCAAGGCCUUCAGGAAACUGAGCCCAAUUUCCAAGUGCUGAUACGAGUCCUCAUCUCCCGAAGUGAGACUGAUCUUCUGAGCAUUCGGGCCGAAUUCAAGAAGAAAUUUGGGAAGUCUCUGUAUUCUUCUCUCCAGGAUGCAGUCAGAGGGGAUUAUCAUUCAGCCCUACUGGCCCUGUGCAGAGCCGAAGACAUUUGAGACUUUUUGGAUCCACCCUGACAUGACAUCCAAGAGUCUGGGAGUCCCAUAUUUGGUUGAACACAUGGGAGACCCCCAAGGAACACCAUAUAC